AUGAGAUACAAACUGUACACUGCUGAAUGUAAACACAGAAGCACUGACCGUCAUAAAGACUGCUGGAAGAUCCUGAGAGUCCAAGACCUCAGAGACCUCAGAGACCUCAGAGACCUCAGAGACCUCAGAGACCUCAGAGACCUCAGAGACCUCAGAGACCUCAGAGACCUCACAGACCUCAGAGACCUCAGAGACCUCAGAGACCUCACAGACCUCAGAGACCUCAGAGACCUCACAGACCUCAGAGACCUCAGAGACCUCACAGACCUCACAGACCUCAGAGACCUCAGAGACCUCACAGACCUCAGAGACCUCAGAGACCUCAGAGACCUCAGAGACCUCACAGACCUCACAGACCUCAGAGACCUCACAGACCUCAGAGACCUCAGAGACCUCACAGACCUCAGAGACCUCAGAGACCUCAGAGACCUCAGAGACCUCACAGACCUCAGAGACCUCACAGACCUCAGAGACCUCACAGACCUCAGAGACCUCAGAGACCUCACAGACCUCACAGAUCUCAGAGACCUCAGAGACCUCACAGACCUCAGAGACCUCAGAGACCUCACAGACCUCAGAGACCUCACAGACCUCACAGACCUCACAGAUCUCAGAGACCUCACAGACCUCACAGAUCUCAGAGACCUCACAGACCUCAGAGACCUCAGAGACCUCACAGACCUCACAGACCUCAGAGACCUCAGAGACCUCACAGACCUCACAGACCUCAGAGACCUCACAGACCUCAGAGACCUCACAGAUCUCAGAGACCUCAGAGACCUCAGAGACCUCACAGACCUCAGAGACCUCACAGACCUCACAGACCUCAGAGACCUCACAGACCUCAGAGACCUCACAGACCUCAGAGACCUCAGAGACCUCAGAGACCUCAGAGACCUCAGAGACCUCAGAGACCUCAGAGACCUCACAGACCUCAGAGACCUCACAGACCUCAGAGACCUCAGAGACCUCAGAGACCUCAGAGACCUCAGAGACCUCAGAGACCUCACAGACCUCAGAGACCUCACAGACCUCAGAGACCUCAGAGACCUCAGAGACCUCACAGACCUCAGAGACCUCACAGACCUCAGAGACCUCAGAGACCUCACAGACCUCAGAGACCUCACAGACCUCAGAGACCUCACAGACCUCACAGACCUCAGAGACCUCAGAGACCUCACAGACCUCAGAGACCUCACAGACCUCAGAGACCUCAGAGACCUCACAGACCUCACAGACCUCAGAGACCUCACAGACCUCACAGACCUCAGAGACCUCACAGACCUCACAGACCUCACAGACCUCACAGACCUCAGAGACCUCAGAGACCUCAGAGACCUCAGAGACCUCACAGACCUCACAGACCUCAGAGACCUCAGAGACCUCACAGACCUCACAGACCUCAGAGACCUCACAGACCUCAGAGACCUCAGAGACCUCACAGACCUCAGAGACCUCACAGACCUCAGAGACCUCAGAGACCUCAGAGACCUCAGAGACCUCAGAGACCUCAGAGACCUCAGAGACCUCACAGACCUCAGAGACCUCAGAGACCUCACAGACCUCACAGAUCUCAGAGACCUCAGAGACCUCAGAGACCUCACAGACCUCAGAGACCUCACAGACCUCACAGACCUCAGAGACCUCACAGACCUCACAGAUCUCAGAGACCUCAGAGACCUCACAGAUCUCAGAGACCUCAGAGACCUCACAGACCUCAGAGACCUCACAGACCUCAGAGACCUCAGAGACCUCAGAGACCUCAGAGACCUCACAGACCUCAGAGACCUCACAGACCUCAGAGACCUCAGAGACCUCAGAGACCUCACAGACCUCACAGAUCUCUCAGAGACCUCACAGACCUCACAGACCUCAGAGACCUCACAGACCUCACAGAUCUCAGAGACCUCAGAGACCUCAGAGACCUCAGAGACCUCAGAGACCUCAGAGACCUCACAGACCUCAGAGACCUCACAGACCUCACAGACCUCAGAGACCUCACAGACCUCACAGAUCUCAGAGACCUCAGAGACCUCACAGAUCUCAGAGACCUCAGAGACCUCACAGACCUCAGAGACCUCACAGACCUCAGAGACCUCAGAGACCUCAGAGACCUCAGAGACCUCACAGACCUCAGAGACCUCACAGACCUCAGAGACCUCAGAGACCUCAGAGACCUCAGAGACCUCACAGACCUCAGAGACCUCAGAGACCUCACAGACCUCACAGAUCUCAGAGACCUCAGAGACCUCACAGACCUCACAGACCUCAGAGACCUCACAGACCUCACAGAUCUCAGAGACCUCAGAGACCUCACAGAUCUCAGAGACCUCAGAGACCUCACAGACCUCAGAGACCUCACAGACCUCACAGAUCUCAGAGACCUCAGAGACCUCACAGACCUCAGAGACCUCACAGACCUCAGAGACCUCAGAGACCUCACAGACCUCAGAGACCUCAGAGACCUCACAGACCUCACAGAUCUCAGAGACCUCAGAGACCUCACAGACCUCAGAGACCUCACAGACCUCACAGACCUCACAGACCUCACAGACCUCACAGAUCUCAGAGACCUCAGAGACCUCACAGACCUGA